UCAAACUUUACUUCAGAUUCACAAAAGGGUUCAUAUUCAAUAUAAUAAGUUAUAACAUCUAUUGUUAAAAUAAAUGAUAUACAAACUAAAACCACAACCUAUUAGUAUUCAGAUAACCUUUUUUGUUCCAGUGGAUGAAAUUUGUCUCAGGUGUUGUGGCCACAACAGUGAAGAAACUGAAACAGUGCAUGUAAACAACACACAUCAUUCAAGCUGUUCAUUUGAUAAUGCACGCACACACACAUUGUGGGGUAAAACAUCAGAUGUAACCCUCAGCAUAAAUCAACAUCAACCACAACAAUAGCAACAACAAUAAUAAUAACUAUAAAGAAGGAAGCAAGAUAGUGUGGCAUUUUAUCACAUAAGGCUACAUUUAGAUCAUAACCCUGUGGCUUAAUUUUUAUUUAUGGGGACAGAUGAGCUCUUAAACCUGUUCAAAUGCAAUGUAAUUAUUCAGCAUGACUCUUGGAUAUUUCUAACCUUCCUGGCUGUGUUUCAUAUAAAGGCUUUGAGUCCUUUUCCUGCCAGCGUGGUUGUCACGUUGCCGGGAGUUUGUGGACGGUCCCUGGCGGCAGACAUCACGGCUCGUACAACCCAAGGGAGGGAUGGAGCUGAGAUGGACAGGGAGGGAGACACCGGCUUACGACGUCAAAGGAGUAGAGACACAGCGAGAGAGAGGACAACCAGCCAGACUGCCAAUUCCCUCCAGUCCACUGAAGGGAGCCUCAAUUUCAACACAUCAGACCUCUUGCAUUUAACCGAGCCGUUGGGAGAUUUAUUUAUUUUUGUAGGAGAUUAAAAAAAUAUAUUUACAGGGGGCCUGUCAACAAAGAGCAGAAAAAACCCAACAAGCAGAUCCAGAAAAACACGCUCAUGCCGGAUAAAGGACCGUCGCUGGAUUUGUUACUUGUGUUGCCAUAGGGGGGGUAGGCCUAACUUGUUAUAGGAUUCAAAUAGGCUCUCACAGACAAAUGAACUGAAUAAUUUAAUUUUAAUAACUAAAUAAUUGCGGGGGAAGAAGAAAGGCAUCCACUGAAAAUAUCGAUUCGCUGCUAGGAGAAGAACCACAGACUUCUCAAUGAAGGAGGCCGACGCAAUCAAGCUCUUCAUCGGGCAGAUACCCCGGAACCUGGAGGAGAAGGACCUCAAGCCCAUCUUCGAACAGUUCGGGAAGAUCUAUGAAUUGACAGUGAUAAAGGACAAAUACACGGGGAUGCACAAAGGAUGUGCCUUCCUGACAUAUUGUGCACGAGAGUCCGCCCUCAAAGCCCAGAAUGCACUGCAUGAGCAGAAGACACUACCAGGGAUGAAUCGUCCAAUCCAAGUGAAGCCGGCAGACAGCGAGGGCAGAGGGGAAGACAGGAAGCUGUUUGUGGGCAUGCUGGGAAAGCAGCAGGCGGACGCUGACGUGAGAAAGAUGUUCGAGCCGUUCGGCAGCAUAGAGGAGUGCACGGUCCUGCGUGGGCCCGAUGGCACCAGCAAAGGAUGUGCAUUUGUAAAGUACCAGAGCAAUGCAGAAGCCCAGGCCGCCAUCAACGCUCUGCAUGGCAGCCGUACUUUACCAGGCGCCUCGUCCAGCCUGGUGGUGAAGUUUGCCGACUCGGAGAAGGAGCGAGGGAUCCGGCGGAUGCAGCAGGUGGCGUCUCAGCUGGGAGUCAUCAGUCCCAUGACCCUGCACCUCGGGGCCUACAACGCCUACACACAGGCCCUGGUGCAGCAGCAGGCCCUGGUGGCCCAGUCGGCCUACCUGUCUCCUGUUGCCACGGUGGCGGCUGUUCAGAUGCAGCAGCUCGCCGCCCUCAACCCCAGCAGCAUCAUCGCCACGCCGAUCGCAUCCAUCACCCCCUCCUCAGGUACCAGCACCCCGCCAUCCAUCGCAGCCACACCAGUUCCUGCCCUGCCUCCGCCGAUCGCAGUGAACAGUUACCCCUCCGUACCGGCUCCACCCAACGGGCAGUCGGCCACUGAGACCCUGUACACCAACGGGGUUCAUGCGUAUCAAGCAGUUGGUGAUGAUGUGUUUUAUUGUGCCACAGCUCAGAGUCCUGUCUUGGACCCCCUGCAGCAAGCGUACACAGGCAUGCAGCACUACACAGCCACCUACCCUGCUGCCUACGGCCUGGUGGGACAGCCGUUCCCCCACCAGCCCACACUAGUGGCUCAGCAGCCACAGCAGCCUCAGCAGCUGCAGCAGAGAGAAGGUCCCGAGGGCUGCAACAUCUUCAUCUACCACCUGCCCCAGGAGUUCACUGACUCAGAGAUGCUGCAGAUGUUCCUGCCCUUCGGGAACGUCAUCUCCGCAAAGGUCUUUGUCGACCGCGCCACCAACCAGAGCAAGUGCUUUGGUUUUGUGAGUUUUGACAACCCGUCCAGCGCCCAGACUGCCAUCCAGGCCAUGAACGGCUUCCAGAUCGGCAUGAAGCGGCUGAAGGUGCAGCUGAAGAGGCCCAAGGACGCCAACAGACCUUACUGAAGGAGGGGAACGUUAAGAGUUCAAUCAAGAAACCACUUGGGAUGUCCCAGCCUUUUUGGUUGUUUUACCAACCGUAUAGCACAGGAGCAACACUUCACAGAAAAAAAAGAAAAGAAAAGAGAAAAAAAAACAGUAUCAUGUGUAUGUGCUUAAAAAAAAAAAAAAAAAAACGACAUCGACAAGAAUAUUAUUGACAACAACAACAACAACAAAUACAUCGACAGGAACAGCAGCUGCAAUGCUGGAGGUGUCAGGAGCUCCGGGUUCAUACUGUACCAUUCCACAGCUGGAUUCACUUAUAUUAUGUACAUACUCUAUUGUCAGCAACAAGAUCUACAUGUUAAGAAAAAGCAUAUCACUGAUGUUAUUCUACUGAACAGGGUUCUACUGUAUAGUGUGAUUUGUCGUCUAAGGCCAGUCUGCGCGGAUGGAGGGGACAACUUUGAGAAAAGAAAAUACUAUUCUGUAUGAUUACCAUUGGUAAUAUUGUUAUGUAGAGUUAGUUUUAUUAUUUAAAAGUAAAUUAACAACAUGGGGUAAUUGAACUGGAAGAAAAAUGGGAUUCCCUCUCAUUGUACUGUAUAUACCUUGGUUUUAAAAUGGAGUUAAAGGACUAAAAACUUCAUAAGUUGAGAUUCCCUGCUGCCACUACUUUUAGCAUUGACCUGGUGGGAGGAAGGGCCGGGAAUUUUUCUAUCUUGAUUUUUUUAUUGCGUUUAAUUUAUUUGCUAAAUCAAUUUGAUGAGGGGCAGACGUGACAAUUUCUUUUCUUUUUUUUUUUUUUAAUUUCAGAAAAACAGAGGAUUCCUGCAGUCUUCAAGACAAUGAACACACUUAUUGUAGAGUUUUUAAUUACAUAAAUGUACUUAUGGAAGUAAAA